AUGAAUGUGAAAAAUGUAAGGAAAUUAGAAGCUGAUGAUAUCCACCUUCUUCGGAGCAAUGUACUCCUGAGAAACCCUGAGAUAGGUACCCUGGGGAAUAUUUUAGAGAGAUUGUUAUCAAAUUCACUAAGAUCAAGACCUCAGCAGCUCAAACUGAGCAUCAAGCUGUAUCAGAAUGAUAAUAUUAAGCAAAUUAUGAUUAUUGACGAUGGGUCAGGCAUCCCCUGGAUGGCACUUGAUGCUAUUAAUACUGACGAACACUUUAAAGGACGGUUCCUCAAUUCCUUAACAAGACUAUCAAAAUCUUUUAUGAUUAUCAGUAGAUAUAAGAAAGCGAAUUCAGCCUUUCUUAAGAAAUUUAGAGAGGGUGCUGAAGAAGACAGUAUCAAAAGAGUUAGAGAAUUCCCAUUUAGGUCUGGCACUUUUAUGUCAAUCACCUUAUCACAGGAGGAAGAAAAACAAUCCAUAGCUGCUAGUUUUAGCCAAGAUAUUGUUUUAAGAACUCUCUUUCAGAAUUCACUGACUUCAAAUGCAAAUAUUACACUGAAAUUAGAGAAUUCAAGGGAUCUGAUGAUUACUGGCAAUGAAUAUAAGAUUGAUUUUCAUACUAUGAGACUUGAUAAAGACAAGAAAAUGAAGGUUGAAAAAUACAAGAAAUAAAAUGAGGCUUUCGGUCAAUAGUCUUUCUAGCACAUGCCAUUCAUUGCAUAUAUGAUUUGCUUAUAAUCCAGACCAGACCGCCUUCCAAGAUCUGAUAGUUUCUUGAGCAGUAAAUUCUUUCCCAGUCAAAGUCGGAUUUUUGAACAGAUUUAUUAAAGAUUUCCUGGUAAAUGCUAACUGAGAUGUGAUCACUGAAGAGGUUUUACAGCAUCCUUUUCCUAGGGAAUUCCAGUUUGAUACCAGCAACGUCCCUGAUUGGAUCAAAGAGUCAUUAAGAAGUGCGCAGUUCCCUGUAUGCUUUUUGUCAAUCAAAAUUACAUCAGAAAAGAUUCAUGAAGAAAUGAAGCUUGUGCAUAAAUUAGAAGAAUUUAGUAGACUAUUUGAUAACAGGGCUGAUGAAAUCAAGAAUCUCUUUCAAGGAUCAAAGAACACUGAGAGCUACAAGCCCCUCUUAAUACAAGAUAGGGCAAUAAUAGACUUAUUCUACUACAUCACCAAAGGCAUGAAGACGAUCAUCUUGAAUGUCUUUAAAAACCAUCCUAAUUUCGAUCCUGAGGUAGCUGAAGAAUGGUAUGGAGUGAUUAUUAAAAAUUUCCAGAAGGAGAAACACAAGAAAAGAACCAAACCAUGAACCUAUAAACGUCCAGUGAAAGAAUUUGAGAAAUAGCAUGUACACUGUCUCUGCCUACAUGACUGACAAUGAGAUGCAUGAUAUGUUCAGUGACUCAAAAAUACGUCUUUCAGACUCCAGACCGCAGAAAGUGAGAAAGGAGAACAUAGGAGCCAGGCGACAGCCAGACUUACUCCAGAAGCCCAAAGGGAUUCUCAAAGAUAGUCACAAUAUUCGAAAAUCCAAAGAUAGGUGUAAAACUGUUACUUUUAAAAAGAAAAACUGCGAUUUUUCAGAAAUUGGUGAAAAUCUAAAAGAGACUAUUCGUAAAAUUCAUCUGAAAAAUCCUCAUAAGAGAAGAAGUAGCAGUGCCAAGAAGCCAACUGUCUCUAAUCCCAAAGGGCUGAGAUACCUUAAUAAAUACAGUGAAAACUUUCAGAGAAGACAGGCUAACCUCAUGAAGCCUAAAGUGAAGCUUCUUAGUCAAACACUAAAAUUUCAGAAGACUGAUAUCCAAAAUAUGAAAAUUGUUGGCCAAGUUGAUAACAAAUUUAUUGUCUGAAGAAUGAACAAGGAUACUCUGAUAGCUCUUGACCAGCAUGCUGCUCAUGAAAGAGUCCGGUUGGAAUAUCUAUCAGCAAUAGUUUUGAAGCUUCAAUUUCCAGAUAGAGAGAUUUAUUCAGAAAUCCUUCAAAAUUACCUCAAUAUCAUAUCAAAUGUCCUAUCUAUUGAGUCUGGCUGCUCAGAACAUCAUAAGCAAUUUGAAAGAAUGGAGGAAGAAUCCAAGUUGCACAAAUAAGACCCAAUUUUUCAAGCCAGACCAUUCCUUAAAACCGAUAAAUCAUAAAAUGGUUAUAGAACAACUUGGGAAAGUCAAAGUAGAAAAUUUAGAGAAUAUAGUGAAAGAAAUGGCUGAUUUUAUGUAUGAAAUUUUUGGCAUCACAGCAGUAUUGAAAGAGAUAUCAAAGCCAGAGGAUGUGGGAAGGGCCGGAGGAUGAGUGAGGUUGGAAUUUGAGGUGAUUUCAUUUGCUUCCUUACUUGGGACUACUCUGGUUCAGGAGUCUUUGGAGAUCAUUUCAGGAGUCCUUAGAAAUCAUUUCAGUUGUAACCAAAAGUCAAGCUUGUUCAUUACAGAUUGUCUUUCCAAGGUCCUGUACUCCAAAGCUUGUAGAUAUGCUAUUAAGUUUAAUGACUCCUUAUGAAGAUGUCAGAUACAAGGUCUCCUUGACUGUCUCAGUUUGUGUAAGGAUCCAUUCCAUUGUGCACACGGAAGGCCUACUCUGUAUCCGAUUUGUAAUAUUUUAGAAGUUUCAACCUAGCCCAAAUC